AUGGGUUUGUUAUCGGAUGAUCCAGCAGAACUCCAGUUAUACACCCAUCUGGCCAUUGUUCUCGGCCUCGGCCUCGGACUCGUGACUUUCAUCAUCAUGUGUUUGCUUUUGAGCCUUUUCGUCAAUCGCCGCGAGCGCCGACCCGUCGUCAAAGCCAAAACCAGAAAAGGCGACUCGCACGACAAAUUGCGCAAGCUGGACGCUGUCUCACCAGCUCGGACCCUGGAAGACUGGUGGUCGCGAGCCAAGCUACCCUCCGAAGGCGCCGAUGAACAGUUCAUGUGUGUCGUCUGCCUUGAAUCCGUUCAGCGCUCCCAAGAGAUACGAGAAUUAAAGUGCCUACACGUUUUCCAUCGCGAAUGUCUGGAGAAGUGGUACCUGCAGGAUCAUUUUAACUGCCCACUUUGCCUCCGAGCUUAUUACGUGCAAGAGACCUAUUCCAGCAACGAUUUUGUCUGGAUGGUAUGA